AUGAUACGUGAAAGAUCGUGUUUUGUCAAAAAAUUGUGGUUUGUCCUCUUUCGAAACCGGCAAGUCACCCUCUCCUACCUAAUAGGGGGAAACGACUCCGAAGUCGAAUCAUUUCCCCAUGCGUCCCCAUCAGUCGGAAGCAGUGGACUCAUGCUGCAUGACUGGCCAAUCUUCCAAACCAUCUGUACCGAAGAUCUGGACCCAUCUCUCAAAACAUUCAAAAUAUUGCUUUCGAUGGUUAGCAAUUAUUCAAAUGAUGGCUUGCCGCUUCCCAGUUUUGUCACAACAUCCGUAAUCUUCUGCUUUGACGAAAUGCAGUGUGAUAUUAUCGAAGAGGCUGUCAAAUGGCCUUUUCGUCAAGAGUUGCACGAUGUACUUGAAAGAAUACCCAUCGCACAUCGCCUUCCGCAGCUCAAAAUCACCCAGAAACACCCACUCAUUGGAGGCGGAACUUCACUACAGAUCCUAAAGUGCGAGAACAUCUUUUCAAACUCCUUGCGUUUUGAAAACUUCGUGUUGGAAUUCAUUCAUUCAUAUGAGAAAUACCACAAGACUGUAUCGACAUUCAAACGCAAAGACGACGCAAAGACGAUCGCUAGUCAUGAUGAGUUCCACAAACUCUGUCAUCGUCAUGUUGCCAAGCUCAUCAGCCGAAUGAGUUACUUGGUCCAUUCAAACGAGGCGACUGAGCGUCACCAGUUGUGGAAUUCACUCGCACCUGGCGACUUUGGUGACGACGAAAAGGAAUGUUUUUACCGGUCCAUCAAGACCGUUGGAAUGGCGAAAAUGGUCUCCUAA